AUUAGCCUAUAACAUAUGUGGAGGCAGCGCCGGAUGUAGCAUUUCCUAUAGAAGUGGACGGCGCCGCCAUUUUCCAUCCGGUAGCCAGUUCUCCUGAUAGACCCAUCCGGUUGCGAGACGCGGACAACGUCCGUCCAGGUGAAGUCGGACAAACCGCUGACAGGUGACGAGUCUUCGGGAAGCACGGGCGCGUGUGUGACAUCAUGAUUGAAACCUUUGAGAAAGCAGCGCAUGAGGCGACGGUGCUGAAGCAGCGACCCGGCAAAGACGAGAUGUCUGCGCUGUACGGCUUCUACAAGCAGGCGACGGUGGGCGACGUCAACAUCGAUCGUCCGGGGUUUCUGGACUUCAUCGGAAGAGGAAAAUGGGACGCAUGGAACGAGAAGAAAGGCAUGUCCAAAGAGGACGCCAUGGCCGCCUACGUUGAUGUGGUGGAGAAGCUAAAGGAAAAAUAUGGAAUGGAGACUCAAUGACACUGUUGUAGUUCCACUGUGAAAGCUUCAUUGGGAACUACAGACCGGAGUUCGCCCUUUAGUUUCUCCCCCCGCUUCUACGAUCAGUGGCACCUUGUUCAAAUGUGUAAAGUCAUAAUGUGGGAUUGGAGGAGAAGCUGAUGGAAUCCAGCCUCCACUUUUCUCUGCCAAAUGUUUCCUCUAUUAUUAACCUACUUCUCAAAGAGCAAAUACAGUCUAUAUUUUGAUAUUCAAACAGUGUCAGAGCAUCUUUAUACAGAACUGCCUGUGAAAAAUAAAGACUUAAUCUGUGGACCUCA